AUGACAGCAACUAAGCGAUCCGAAGAGCCUUCCCUUUUGAGGAGGGCAAUAGACCCAGCUCCAUCUACCGAUCACGAAUUGGCUGCUGCCAAGGCAGAUGCUGAAACAAUGUCAACAGGAUCCGCCGGAAACUUCACGGCGGGACUAAGCGUCGAUAGCGAUGUGUCCUCGAUAGAUGAUAGUGUCGUCGACUUGGGCACUCCUUUCGAUCGCCUUGUCGACUUCUUUGUUGUGAUGGGGGCCGAUAUGAAUGUAGAGAACAAGAAAACGAAGAAGCCUACUGAUCUUCAGUUUGAAACACAUCUAAUUGAUUGUGUGCCAAAGCAGAGACAAGACAUGGACUUUCCAAUGGAGAUGCCCCAAUUCUGUUUCCCUGGAGGAUGUAGACUUUCUUGCAAACAAAAGGAAACCAAGGUCUUUAACUUUGUUCUCACUACGAGUGCAGGAGAUCUGCUAUUUCUAUCAGCGGCGAUGAUGUACGAGCCCAUCACCUCGGUGGGGCUAUCCGAGUUGUACUGGGAUCGUAGUAUCUCGCUACCUGCUUGGUUGUCCAAUGCGGAAGACGGUGCCACGUACUACAUUCCAAAGGCGAUUGCUGUUGUUUCCCACUACCCGUACUACGAUGCCCAAUCACAGUUCUUGCACGAGCUAAUGCGAUUAAAGAGCACGGGAUCUCCUCUUCCUCUGGAACGCUACAUUGCAAACUUUGUUUAUGAUAUCCCUCUCCCCCGUCCAGGCGGUGCAGCUGUCCGUUGGGACUGUUUUGGACGAUCCAAAUCAGGACUCGAACUCGUCAUGGGAUCUCCCAACAAGCUCCCAAUGGUAUUCUUUUCCUAUGAACCACUCUUCCGAACACUCAGUGUCUCCAACGUUUUGACUUUAUGGGCAACCUUGCUACAAGAAGGCAAGGUUGUCCUUCAAUCGAACCACUUGAGUCUCUUGACUCCUGUCGCGGAAGCACUUUUGAGUCUUCUAUUCCCCUUUACAUGGCAGGGAAUGUACAUUCCAAUUCUACCCAACAGCAUGGUAGAUGCGAUCGAAGCACCCAUUCCAUUUCUGGUUGGUAUUCACGGUGAAUGCCAGAAUCAGCAACCUCAGGGAGUGGUCAUUUGCGACCUCGAUGAAGAUAUUGUCCAUUUGGGAUAUGAUUACAAUGGCAAGGAGGCCAGUAUGCCUGUUUUGCCCCGACAAGCUUCUCUCAAGCUCAAGUCGGAGCUGUCCGGCAUUGUGGACCAAAUGUAUUUGAUCCCCGCGUGUGGACUCAAGGGAAGAAUCACUCGUGGAACAGACGAACUCUUGUCCAACUCGCAGCGUGAAAUCUACGGCCACAUGUCCAUUCUGAAGGAAAGUUCCAAUGUGGAUAUGCGUGAGCAAAUCUUGAGCGAUGCUGGAUCCGUCAAGAUGACUGGAGAAGGCGAAGAAAAUCAUGGAGAGUCUAACAACAUGCCGCAAGAGUCGGACGCUCAAUCUCCCAUCACUCCGAAACGCGUCGUAGGUUUGAGCUACGAAGGAAUGAAGAAGCAGCGAGAACGUGUGGCCAAGUCCUUUUACGACAGGAAUAGUCGCUUGGAGAAUUCGGUUCGACAUGUUUUCUUGUCCUUCCUUACAUCACUCCUCGGCGAAUACAAAAAGUACCAGAUGCAACCCUUUCGAAAACAAGCUUAUUUGACUACAUUUAUCGGCAACAGCAAGGAACUUGCUGAGAGUCUCAUCAUGUCUCAAAUGUUUGAACAGUUUUUGACUGGUCCUGAAGCUCGAAGGAACUUGUUUGACAAGUGCAUUAGCACCGGUGGUAAGGAAACCUCCAAGGAACCAGAAGGAGGUAAAAUUGGCAAAAUGAGAGAACCGCGAUUGGAAGCCCUCAUCCCUCAACCUCCAUACGAUGCUGGUGUUUGGAAGAACAAGAUUUAUACAUACGAUGCAUUCCCAAAGUUGGAUGAGGCCGAGUUGCUUGCCCACAGCGUCUAUGAUCCAUCCAUGUGCUCCUUCCAGAUGUGUUGCUGGGAUCUAUGCGGACCUAAAUAA